AUGGAUGAAUUUAAAUUUAAUAAUUUAUUCAGAAAUGAAAAAUACAAAGUAGCUGGUAAACCUAAGGAAGGUUGGUUAUUUAAUAAAAAUGGUUUACUUUUAAAAACAUAUAAAUGGCUAGUUAAUAAUCCUAUAGGAAUUGUACUGUUAAUACAUGGAUUCCAAGGUAAUACUCAAUUAACUUAUAUGAAAGAAGCAAAAAUACCUGUAUAUUCCAAAAAUGGAUUGACAUUUUAUGAUAAAGGCUUUACGUAUAAAGGUAGUUGGAUUGAAAAAUUUAAUCAAAAUGAUUAUUCAGUGUACGGGAUAGAUUUGGAAGGACAUGGUAAAUCACAAUCACCGGGAAAAAUAAGAGGCACUGUUAAUUGCUUUAAUGAUGUAGUUAAUGAUGUAAUACAAUAUAUGAAUGAGAUUCAAGAUGAAAUCUCAAAUGAUAAUCAAACAGAUGAAGAAUCUCAUAAUAUAGUACCAACUAAAAAAAAAAGACUUCCUAUGUAUGUUAUUGGACAUUCAAUGGGUGGAAAUAUUGCUUUAAGAAUCUUACAAUUACUAGGGAAAGAAAAAGAAGAUAGAAUUAAGGGUGAAAAAUCAAAACCCAUGUUAUGCAACUUUAAUGAUAUUAAUAAAACUGAUAAUGCUGCGGAUGAUAUGAAUAAUGCUAAUGAUUAUGAUUCCGAUAAUUCCGGUGCUAGUACUUCUACUAUGGCAAAUAGUAGUUCUUGUUCUAAUAAUAAAGAUGAAAGAUGUUAUAAUUAUUUAGAUAAUUUAAAUAUUAAAGGUUGCGUGUCUUUAGCUGGUAUGAUAAGAAUAAACAUACCAUUCGAUUCUGGAAACAAAUCAUUUAAUGAUUUUUAUUUACCUAUAAUAAACUUCGCGUCUCAAAUCGCACCAGAUGCACGACUUUUGGUAAAUUUCCGCCGUCAUAAACCCCCCACAUAUUCUGUUAAUAUACAUGAUACUAAUAAUGAUGGACUAGAAUUAAAAUGUGUAUAUGAACUUAUAAAAGCAACAGUCACAUUGGAUUCUGAUAUUAAUUAUAUGCCAAAAGAUAUUCCUUUCUUAAUUGUGCAUUCAAAAGAUGACAGUAUGUGUUCUUAUGAAUGGGCAGCUUCAUUUUAUAAUAAAGCAAAGGUUGAUAAAAAAGAAUUAUAUUCUCUUGAUAACAUGGAUCAUGUUAUAACGACAAACCCAGGAUAUGAGAAUGUUUUGAAAAAAGUUUCUGAUUGGAUUUCUGAUUUAAGAAUGAAUGAUAAAGAUGAAAUAAAAGAUGAAAUAAAAGAUGAAAUAAAACAUAAAAUAAAACAUAAAAUAAAACAUAAAGUAAAACAUAAAGUAAAACCUAAAAUAGAAGAAAAAAAAGAAAAUGAGAUAUAG